UCAGAACUUCAAACCUUUCAUUUUCACAACUUCAAAGCACCGAACACACACUCCAGCCAACAUUAUCUCCUAAGUUUAUACACUCAUUCCUGGGUACAAUAUUUACCUUGCAAAAAGGAUAAUACAACUAACAUUGUACAAUACAACUGUUCAAAUUGUUCCUGGUCGUUUGUCUUUAGCUUUGAGGCAUCAGCCGCAGUCGUUUUCGGAACAUUCUAUGCCACAACAUUCUGUUGAUUCGAUUAGGAGUGUCCAUAGAGGAAUUGGAUGUCGCCAAUCCCCAAGAGGUAUUCGUAUGCCCGAGGAUGUCGAGGAGGAAGACGAUGAGCCUAGUGUAGGUGGGGAUGAGGUUAAUGAACCUGGUGCAGGUGAGGAUGAGGUUGAUGAGCCUAGUGCGGGUGAGGAUGAGGUUGACGAGCCUGGUGCGGGUGCAACAGAUGACAGCUCCAAUCAAGCGGUUCGUGGCAAGGGCUACAAUCUUAGGGUUGACCCGAUUCGUAAAAGUCAAAAUAAAUGGAGUCCUUCAGAGAUCAAGCUAAGAAAAGGCUCAAAAGAGGAUGUUCCAAGGUGGCUCAAAACAUGAAGAAAAAUAUCUUUAAAUGAGUUAUUAUGCAGUUUAGUUAGUAGAUUUGUACAAUAUAAGUUUGUACGAGUUGUGUUGUUUUCAUAGAUGACUUUCUAUUAUUCUCAGACCUGUUUUCAAUGUGACCUUUGAAAUUAAUUCUAGAAAAG